UUCGCUUUUGUCAUCGUAAACCGAAGUGAUUCAGGAAUCAGCUGAUUGUUGUAAACAAACCAUUUGACGUAUGACUUUCUUAUUCAUUUGUUUGUAGUGCUGUCAAAUAAUGACGGAUGUGGAUCUCAAAAACAGGGGUAACAAGUUAUUUGCAACCAGGAAAUACGAGGAAGCCAUAAAAUGUUAUUCCGAUGCAAUAUCAAAGAAACCUUCUGUCGCUGUUUAUUAUACUAAUCGAGCACUGUGCAACUUGAAGUUGAAACGAUGGGACCUAGUGUGUUUAGACUGCCGUACAGCCCUUGAGAUCGAUGCAACUUUGGUUAAAGCCCAUUUCUUUCUUGGUCAAGCUCUCCUUGAGACAGACAAUUUCGAUGAGAGUAUUACACACCUUCAAAGAGCUCAAGAUCUUGCCAAGGAACAGAAAGUCAAUUAUGGAGACGACAUAGCCUGUAUGAUACGAGUUGCACGGAAAAGAAGAUUCAACAUAGCUGAGGAAAAACGAAUUGCCCAAGAAAUUGAAUUACAGUCAUAUCUGAACAGAUUAGUUUUAGAAGACAGGGAUCGUCAAAUAGAGACAGUCCGAAGGAAAUAUGAAGAUGAUGAAGAAAAAGCUCAGGAAGAAAUCAUUAGAAUAGAACAACAAACAGAUAAUCAUAUCACAGAAGUCAAUGCAUUGUUUGCAAAAUUAGACGAGAGAAGGAGAAAACGAGAAGUACCUGAUUACCUAUGUGGCAAAAUUAGUUUUGAGAUCCUCAGGGAACCUGUUGUAACUCCAAGUGGAAUAACCUAUGAUCGCAAGGAUAUAGAAGAGCAUUUACAGCGUGUCGGCCAUUUCGACCCAAUCACUCGAACUGACCUCACUGUUGACCAGUUGAUUCCAAAUCUUGCCAUGAAGGAAGUUGUGGAUUCAUUUCUAACAGAAAAUGAAUGGGCAUUAGACUACUAGCAUAAAGUGUAUUGUCGCAGAAUGGGUUUACUUCAUGUGUCUAUGUAUGUAUUAGUUAAUAUAGUUUUUAUGUUGGAUUCUAAUGGUAUCAAGUUUUGAGUUAUAAAGAUUUUAUGUUUAUACUCUCUGUAUAUACCCUAUUUGAAUUUAGAAGCCAAACUGCUCCAUCAUUCCAUAUUUAAAGAUGUAAUUGUACUGUAUGCAGACACUUAAUCUGGUGUUCACCAUUUUCUUUUUACUGAUUUAAAGAAAAGUUUAUUGACAUGGCAGAUAAGAUGAUAAAUUAGUUACUGGUUGCAUUAUUAAAAAAUUAGUUCCUGGUUGCAUUAUUAAAAUUUUAAAAGCAAAUACAUCAGCCUUUGUUAUACAAGAGCUCAAAAUGUUUAGCUGAAUGUUGGGACAGGUUCAUAAAGAUAUUGAAAUUUCCCCAUUCAUUCAGUCAUCUGGUGCUAGGUGGCUCAGGGUAUGCAAUGAAAUUGGCAGCUUAUGAGAAAACACAUUUUACUUUCAGUCAAAACUCCAGUUGAUCUUCUUUUUUACCUUUAAGAUUGCUUGCGCUGAUAAGCAAUUUUUUCCCUGUCAUUCUUCAUUUUUAUGAGUUAAUGACAUUUUUUUAAGUGUGCAUAAUGCUCUAAUGACCAUUAUUUUUAUUUUUUAUACUGAUUCCACUCUUUUCUUAACGCUUUAGCAAAAGGUAGAGUACAAAUCCAUAGAUGCUGCAGAUAACAAGAGGAAAGUUAAUGACCUUUCAAAAUUGGAAAAUUUUGGGGCUCUGCUUUUGAGGUUUAGUUUGGUUUGGUUCUUUUUCUAAAUGGGACUGUUUAUUAGCUUGUCUCUUAUGGAGUUUGAUGGUUAUAAAGGAGAACUAAAGUAAUUGAAAACUGGGUGAACUUUUUUCCAAAGAAAGGUGUUGUAAACUGGGUAAACUAUUCUGGUGCAGUGAAAAUCUUGGACUCCGUUCAUCCUGUGGCAUGUCAAUACGAUAAUUUUGUUAUCCUGUUGCUUUCAGUGAUAAUUGUCAUCCUGUGGCUUGUCAUUAUGAUAAUUGUGGAGUCAGUAAGGCAAAUACUAAUGUUUUUAUGACAAUACUUCAUUUGUUCAGAUGGUUGUACGUAUUUGGUAGUGCCAAUCUUAAUGAAUCAUAUGUUACCUUUGAGUUAUGACCUCAUUUCAUCUAUAUAUAUCUUCUUUUGGACCUGUGGUGCCACAGGCAUUUUAUCUCAUAAUUUUGCGGUUCUAAUUUUUACAAAACAUUUUCAAUCAGCUGCGAGGUCACCACAUGAGAGUUAAUGUUAUUUGUGCAGAUGUUUGGAUACCUUUGUAAUCAUCACAUGCCAUCAUAUAGUUAAAUGUUUGAGUGCAUUAAAUGAUCGUUUGAAGAGCAUAGGAGUGCAAGUUUUUAAGUUUUGUGAUGGAAACGAAAUGUGUAAAUUCUUAGUGUUCUCUAAUUUUCAGUAGAGUACUGAAUAUAAUUUUUUUGGAUAUAACUGAAAGAAUAUGACCUCAUUCCUCUGUUACAAUUGUCGAGAUGUUUUCUGUCCCUAUCAAGAGUUACAUGAAUAACCAAUAAUUCUUGUUGAUGGGGGUGGUUGUUGUAGGGAAAGAAAUGUCAUAGAAAUAAGGGAAAAAAAUAUUCAUAUUUAUAUUCCUUUAAGGUUUAUUACUGUUGCAUUGCUGUCAUUCACCGUGCAUCCUGCGGUUGACAACAAGUUAAAGAUGAAGGGUGCAGUCCAUCUCAGUACCUGCCCAAUUAUGCCUAGUACCACCCAGCAGUUAUUUGCACCAGUUAGGAGGGAAUUUCAAAAUCUUUAUUGUUCAGUUCUAUCAUGUGGUCUGAAAUUUGAGGUUCUUUGGAAACAUAGGUUUCCAUCAUGCCGUUUUUAAAUGAUCAUACUGAUUCUUUUGGAUUCUUCACAAGUAGUAGUACAUUGUAUGGUUUCCUUGUCUUCCUGACAAAGGGUAAAUCACAUUACUAAAGCUAUUUCAGUAUUUUGUGUUAAAUUAUUUCUACUAUUUCUAACAGAUUAAGCAGUGGCCGAGGUCACAGUAAUGAUUUUACCAUGUGUCCGUCCACUUGCCUAUCAAUAUAGAAUUACCGGGUAUGACCAGCUAGUAACAGGUCACCAUCCUGAAUCAUCUUGUUUUAAAGUGUUACCAUUAUAUGCUUGUUAAAUUUAGGUUUCCAGGAAAAAAAAAAUUAUACCUCACAUUUUAGUGUUAGCUUGAUGUGCUCAUACAUUUCAGUCAUUUGAGAGAUAUCAUACCUCAAAGCUAGACAUCUUAAUGUUUGAAUUAAGAUGAACUUUGGAUCAUGUUAAACUAAGAUCCUACAUAAAAUGCAUUUAUUGAAGCUACAUUGUUAGAGGCCCAUUUUGGUCCUUUGUUGCUCUCAUACUUAAAGUACUUUAAAGUACUAGAAAUACACCUUGGAUGUGUUGAAGCAUGGAAUAUUUGCCUGGUAGUAUGAACUUUAUUUCGCAUAUGAAAGUUGGCUGCUAAAUGUCUAGAUUCAUAAAUGAAAAUAGUUUUUGCUUAGUUUGUAAUUAUUUGUUUCCUUCAUGUCAUGUGAUAUUGCAAUAACUUGUCAACUGAUAAUCUGCAUCCAUUUUCUUUUUCUUUUUUUUUAAUUAAAAAUAUUUUUCCUGACUAGUAGUUACACAUAUGAAAUGUUGAGGAAAUCUCUCCCAAAUUUUAAAGAGUGGAUUCCAUAAUUAGCACAAAGCUGACAGUUGUGUGACCAAUAGCAACAAUACAGGACUUCAUGAGAAUAAGUUAUUGCAAUCUCUUUUUCAUACAGUAUUAAACAGUGCCCAAGAAAUCAGGAUAAAGGACAGGCAAGCGAAGGUAUGAUUCUAUACUUUUACCAUUUAUAUAAACUUUUGAAACUUCAGAUAUGGGAGCAUAUUAUGAUGCUUCCCCAAAAGGACUUCUGCUCUUGCUAUCUAUUUAGUGAUUCUAAUGCUGUCUUUUUCAGGGUUUUUUUCACAACUCUUCUGAAAGGCUGUAGGACUUUGAAUUGUAACAAUCUUAGUUUUAUGGAUUGGUUAUGAUAUUGUGAUCCUACACAAAUGCAAACCAUAAUUUUUAAAUUUAAAUUUUAUUAUUUACUGAAUGGAUACAAAAUAGAUCAUUCUCAGUUGAUCGUAAACCACUGUUUGGGUGUGACAGUUAUUGAUUGAAAGUGAACUACCCUGGCUCUUAAGGAUGAGCUGUCUCCUCACUUGUAGCUAGUGAGUUAUUCUUAGGUCUUUAAGAGUUAGUGCAGAAGAGAAUCUUAUUGAUAGUUUUAUAACAAGAAUGAUCAAGUAGAGACCACAUUGGUGGACCAUAAGCAGCAGCAUGGUUCACAUAAGCCAUUAAAAUCUUGAAGAAGAGUGUCUGACAUAACCCAUGCGCAAAUUCACUCUGCAUGGGCAUCUAGUACCAAGAGCAACAUGGACAAUAUUGGGAAUGGAGCCUAAAGGAGUAUAGAAGGGGUCUUUACGCUAAAUAGGUAUCAGGAUAAUACUGAAAGUAGUCUUGUCCAUUCUUUAUGAAAAAGACCAUGUAUGUUAUUAUUCCAUAAUAUUAUUAUUAUUAUGUAUUGUUAUUAUUAUGAAGGAAACAACAAAAAUGCCAUUAUUGUUUUGCACAUGCUUUUACAGAAUGGAAUAUAACCGAAUUAAGAAAUAAAGCAAUUAUGUUAAAGUACAGUAAAAUAAAAACAGGCAAAUAGUUACUGAAAAAAGAAACAGCAAAUAAAUAUUUGCAUCUACAUAAUGCACAUCAGUAAUUUACAGUAGCAUUACUGCCUCUUUUAAACUUGUAACUAUUUCCAAAACACUCCCAGGAAGACUGUUCUACAGUUUUAUAGCAUAGAAAAUGAAAGACUGGUACUAGAAGGAUGAUGAAAUACCCACACAACAGAGUGUGGAUGCUGGAUAUCUUCAAAACAAAUUGUCUUCAGUAGCUCAAUAAAGAGAGCAUUGUUCCAACAGUUGGAAAACAAAGUAUCUGAAAAUAAUUCAGUCAUCUCUGCAGAUAUGGGAAUCCUCACAGACAGUACAGUUUUAUGGAAGCAUUGAACAUAUGAUUUUAUACAUUCAACUUCCCUGCCAGAUAUAUACUUAGCUAUAGACUCCGUUGUCUAUAGCUAAGUAUAUAUCUGUCAGGUAAGUAUGUAUAAAACUUUAUUGUAACAUGACUAUAUCAUUUUUUUAAACUUGGAAAAAUAUUCCAUAGUGCCAAAGGUACCACCAAGUGCUAGCAACUAUGUAUAUUUGGUAUCAUGAGGGGUAGUGUUACCUAUCCAUAGUGAAUCAUGGAGUUGGGGCAUAGCUUAGUCAUGAUGGAUUUCAGUCCUUUUUUCCAUUAUCUUCAAUAGUUUACUGGUCUUCUAUAGAUUUCUGUAAAGGCUAGCAGCUGCUUAAUUUCACAAUGGGACCAAUAACUGCAAAAAUUGCAGUAAUUGCAUUCUUAACCAGUAUUUUCAAGGCCAUCAAUCAUGUUGCUCGUAAAAGCUAAAAAGAACGAAAUCCAAGACCACUGUUUGAAACACCACAUGUAAAGGGUCUAGACUUAUUAAAAGCAUCAUUAAUAGCAAUUCUCUGUGGUUGGUUACUUUAAACUUGGAUGAAGUUGGUACCUGAUAUAUAAGAUUUAUAAGUGACUCCUAUGGUUAACUAAGUAAAAUGUACAGCAAAACCAAUUUUAAGAAUCCAGACUCAAAAUGUCAAGGUUGGCCUUGAUAUUAUUAUAGUUUGAUAUAAAAUGACAACCUAAGUACUAAAGCUUAUUUUAAACAUCAUCAUUUAAGAAAUGUAAAACCUCAUCUAGAUUUUGAACACUCGGCUGUCAAGAUUUUCAAGAAUUUAAAAAAAAUGUCUAAAAAAUUAAAUUUGCUUAGUACUAGUAGUUCAUUUCAGGAUGAUGUCAGGAAGAGGAAUGACAUCCAAAAACUCGUUUAACUGCAAGACCUUUUGAAGCAGCUCCUUUGUUUAUGUUAAGGUCAAUCAUUUUCAUCAUUAGCUACUAAGAAAAUUAAUUUCAGUAAAUGCAGCAGAUUUGAAGAUAAAGCAUUUUAAUUUGUUCCACCAAUGAAAAGAUAUUUUCUUGUAAUUUGGUCAUGAGAUCAUUAACUUAAUUUCUCUUAGCAAAUCUGCAAAAUGUAUUCACUUUGAAGUCUCUUUCAAAAUUUGUUUUGUUUAUCUAUAGUCCAAUUUUCAUAUUUUUCCUUGGACUGACAUGUUAUGUUUAUCCAUAAUCAAAUUUUCAUAUUUUUCAUUUCAGUGAUGGCUUUCAUUACUAUUACUGAAAUGUUUACAGCAGUACACAUUCGUGUUGCUUAGUUUCGAAGUUACGACAAGACUACCUGAACAGUUUUCUGGUAUUGAUACUGAGAAAAUAAUGGUUCACUGAGAUGCCUAUCAGUAUAGUACCAUGAGCAAAGACCAGUACUAAGAGAUGAGGAAAUAAAUAGUACUGUGUUAGGAAAAGUAAGACACGACCUCAUUUAUGACUAGAUUUCACAAAGUAUGCUGUCCAGAGUAAAAUUAACUUAUUAGAUUUCCAUCAAGACAACAUAUUCUUGGCUUGUUAUCUCGGCCAGUCAAAGAUGGGCAAACAUUGCUGUGGUUGGUUAGUUUAUAAAAGACAGUUUAACUCUACACAUUGCUGUGGGGGACAUUGCUUACAGGGGAGUUCACUUUUACUCAACAAAUACCAUUGUUGUCUUGCUUUAGGUUUUGAGUUUUGAAAAUAAUACUUUUCCUGUGUUUGGUAGGUAAAAAGACAAGUAAAAAUUUGUUUUGGUAAGAUGGAAAGCAUUUUGAGAAUGUUAGAUUAUUUGCAAGUGUUUGCUUACUCUGCCCGAUGUAUGAUGUAUCCACUACAAUUUUAAUCUGGUGAAAAAGGCUCCCUUCUUAUCAUUUAUUUGUUCAUAUAAAAUAUGUGAUAUUUAUUGAAUCAUUGUUAUACUGUACUUGUUGAACAUCAGUAUCUCUCAUAUAUUUUCCGUGGACUAGCUAAUAACAUAAGAAGGUGGCCUUCCGUCUUGUAAUAGAAAUUGACUGAAUUAUUAUAUGCAAUAUUUGAUGUGUAUAUUGAUCAAAUUUACUUUGAUCAUUUUCUAAUACUGUAGAAUAUUUUCAGUGGUCUAAUGCAGAAUUUUGUACUUCUCUGCUGUACAUGUCAUAAACUGUGGAUAUAUAUGAAAAUGUUAUUAAAUUAUUUUUCUUAUAAUUUUUUGGAAUUUUGAUUAGAGCUUAUCAUUCAGGUACUUUGCAUAUUGCUUUUCCCAAAGACCCAAUCUGUGUAAAGCUCAUCAGUUUACUUAGGAGUCAACACUGAAGAGUCAAAAUGAUGUAGGUACAUACGUACAUGUGUAUUCUUGGUGCUUCCAUCGUUGCUAUUACCAACACAUCUCAGUCAUGGUUCUGCUCUUUUUUUAUUUCAUUAAAGUACAGUACUGUAUAUGGAAAUUUGCAGUAAAUACAGCAGAUGAAAAAAUUUAAUUAAUGGAUGAUUAUAUUUUCAGGCACACAAAUAAACAACCUGUCAUAUUCACGUUUUGUCCGGUCAUAUUGAAUUUAAUGAGGUAAUUUGACAAUGUUGAUUUUUUUUAUACAUGCAGCACACCUGAUUGCUUAUAAUCUUAUGAAAAGUUUAUGCAUUUAAAGAUAUCACCACUUUUUUAUGUAAAUAUUUGUUUUACAUCCUGCAUGUGCUAAGAGCCAUCAUAUGAGACAAGAAUAACACAGUUCUCAUCUUACAAGGAAUUUGCAUUCUUAUGACCAAAGUUAGGGAUUUUGUCAUACUGUAUGUACUAGCUCAUAUAUUUACUGUAUGUUUUGGUUUCAUAUUACAUUUGCAAAAGUGAUUGCUUACAAAUUUAUGAAAUAAUUAUUUUUUGUUUAAAAAGUGUUUGUAUUUGAUCUGUCAAGUUAUCCUUUUUUUUUUUUAAGUGCAUUUCUAUGUCAGGAGGAUGUGACUUAACUUUGAUAUUCUAUUUUCUUUCACUUGUCAGAAUGAUAAACAAGUUGCCUAUACUAUACCUUUAGCCCAGAUAAUAAAAGAGCUGCAUAAUUAAAGCAGACAAAAUGUAUAAUUGUGCACUACUGGAAUUUACCAUGCCCUCUUCAUUUCACAAGUCUGUAGGAGCAAUAUAUUUCAUGUAUUCCCGAGACCUGUGCAUUUAACAAAAUGAACAGUUACAUAUAUUUUAAACUUUAAUGUGAGCUAAUCACCCAAAUAUUAUUAAAUUUAAACAAACAUGAAUAGAAUGUUAGUUUUCUUCUAGUCUCAUAAAAACAGCCAGAGAUGUUUACUCAUCUUUGUAGCAUAUAGAAUAUGAACAGACACUUGGAUAUAAUGAAUGAGGUUCACAGUUAGAGAAUCAAAAAUCCUGUGUAUCCCUCGUUUUCUAUUUCCUCUUUUUUAACUGGAAGUUUAGAUAAUUUGUAUUACAAUAUUGAAAUAAUACUGUUUAAUGAGAAUGCAUUGUAAUAAAGUUUCACUCGGUCUUUUCUUCAAGCUCUUAACAUGAGAUUUUGCAUCAUAAACAUAUAUCUAGGAGACAUUUGGGGUUUAGUAAACAUUUACAUACAUUUUUAGAACAUGAGGACAGUUCAUAUAGAUUUCCAGGUACCAAGUGUUGUCCUUAUUUUUGGUAAAUUUUUUAAUGGGGUAUAUAAUGUAGAAAACAAAAGGCUGCUUUUUUUUUUUUUUGGUCAAAUAUUU